AUGUCUUCAGUCAUAUCGUCCAUGGCUCUCCCAGCCCAUACCCCUAUCCCGUCAGGGUUCAGCGUAUACGACAAAGCGUUCUACAACAUCCUCGGCUCCGCCCCGACGCUGGAAGUGAUUGCCCAGAACAGCAGCUUCCCGUUCGCCCACGAGGCAAGCGUCUACAUCCCUGAGAAAGACGAGCUGUUCCUGUCUAGCAACAUUUUCACGGACCCCGUGACCAAUGAAUCCACCAUCAAGAUCUCCAAGGUCAACGUCGGUGCCAACCCCGUUACCUCCGAGAUUAUCGACACCAAUGUGAGCAUGGCGAACGGAGGAACCAACUACAAGGGCGGCGUCCUAUGGACCGCCCAAGGGACCCUCAACGAGACCGGCGGCGUGGUUCUGAUGUCUUCAAGCCCUCCGUACGGAACACAUUUAUUUGUCGGAGACUACCUCGGCCGCCCCUUCAACUCGUUGAACGAUAUUGUCGUCGCUAAGGAUGGCGCGUUCUGGUUCACCGACCCCAUUUACGGCUGGCGCCAGGGUAUCCGUCCCAAGCCCCAGCUGCGGCAGCAAGUCUAUCGGUAUGACCCGAGUACUCAGGGCAUUCGAGUUGUGGCGGAUGGAUUCAGUCGGCCUAAUGGGAUCUCGUUCUCCCCUGACGAGAAGACUGUUUAUAUUACCGAUACCGGGGAGACGAACGGCGACGGAUCAAAGGAUGCGCUCGAACCCGCCACGAUUUACGCUUUUGAUGUUUCCAUUAUUCAUGGCCAGCCUUUCCUGACCAACCGCCGACUUUUCGCUGUGCCAGGCAAUGGUAUUCCUGAUGGCAUCAAGGUCGACCAGUAUGGGAAUGUCUACGCUGGCUGCAAAGACGGUGUGAACGUCUGGUCUGCCGGGGGUGUUCUGCUCGGUAAGGUUCUUGUCAAGGGUGGAACUUCCAACUUCUCGUUUGGCAAGAACGGAUCUAUGUUCAUUCUCAACGAGAACAGGCUCUACCGGGCGCAGCUGAACCCGCAGUACCACGGGACUCUGGUUUAA